AAGCCCUCUCGUUCUUCACUCGGCGUGAAAUCAUCGGCGCUGCUUGUGUCGUGUCGAAGUGUCGAGGCGAGCCUCGGCGGCACCGAAGUCACGUACGCGAGCGACGAAAUUCUACCAGAGAUGUAGUUUCGCCGGAUUCAAUUUAGGCUUGUCUCACGCGGCUUUUAGCGUUUAGGGAACCGGGCUUGAUUUAGUGACGUUGUAACAAACGAGCCCCGUUCGUUCCAUGACUUCCCCACUCAAUCAUACGUUAGCAGAAGAUGACAGUAUUAGAAAUAGAGGAAGACGCAGAUAAACGCUCGGUUCCUCCUAGAAAGAAGUUCUGCUUGUCCCUGUCUGGCCGCGGACGUACGAUCACCGUCGCUCCGCAGCCCCCUCGUUCAUCUGCGAGAGGGGGCCUCCUGGAUACACCAGACUUUACAUUUAGUACAAGCAAGAUGUUGAAUGGCUACCGUAAUCAGCUGGGCAACCAUCAGGAUGGGAAUUACGACACGUCUGGUGGUGGCAACGCGGAAGGCUUGAAGAUAGCCACUCUAUGCAAUCUAGGGAAUACUUGCUUCCUCAACAGUGUAUUAUAUACUUUAAGAUUCGCGCCUUCCUUCCUGCACAAUUUGCAUCAUCUAGCUACUGAUUUGUCCAACUUAAAUGACAAACAACUUCAAACAAAAGCCAAAUCCUCUUCGUUAGGUAGGACUGGUGUGUCGCUAACGUCGAGCAGCAGUCGUAGCUGGAGCAGUAAAGACCUAUUAGCACUAGCUGGACCAACAGGGGAAGCCAAUAAACCUCGCAUUCAAAUAGCCACCGAAAAGUUGCACGAGCUCUUCAUGGCGCUGCGGGCGUCGGAGAUGCGAGAGAAUAGCGAGCCUUAUCAGCCGGAUGCCUUUUUGCAAGCUCUUAGGGAGGUGAAUCCGAUAUUCGAGGGAAAUCAACAGCAAGACGCUCACGAACUCCUGGUCUGCCUGCUCGACAAUAUCAGGGAGACCUUCCAGUUACUGGUCAGACACAGAGAGAGCCAAUUUGGUCAGAGCAACGGUGGCAUUCCUGACUUCAACACGGACCAGUCGACGGACGCGCAGUCGGAGAGCAGUGGUUCCGGCAAGAGAAGCAUGCGUAAGUCCAGGAAAAAGAAGAAGAUGACUACCAAAAGCAGUUCGGUAUCUGUCGGUCAGCCGAGCGUGAACGGCAUCACGACGUCCGCGAUGAGGCCGUACGAGAAUGGCCACUUGGAGUUCGCUGAGAGCAACGGCGAGAUUGGCACGCGCAAACUCGAGAGUAAAAGGUGUUUCAUCUCCGAGGACUUCGAGGGAGUCAGUUUGCUGCGGACAACGUGUCUGGAAUGCGAAUACGUCACGGAACGCAAAGAAACGUUCUGCGACAUAUGCGUACCCAUCGACAUCGACCGUUCGAACGAGAAAGACGACGACGGCCGCUCGGUGGACAGCAGCGAAGUGUAUAAACGUGCUGUAGUGACUAGUGAGCUUCUUUGGGGUAGAGACAAGUAUUGGUGCGCACGUUGCCUACGAUAUAACGAAGCUCGCCGAGCCGUCUGUUUUCCCUCCUUACCGAGGCUCCUCAUUUUGCAGCUGAAGAGAUUUUCCACUGCCGCCGGUUCGAUGGAGAAGAUCAACAACCACAUGCCGACGCCGCUCACCUUGCAAUGUUUCUGCGAGGAGUGUAGCAACGAUCAGACGCGCGGGCCAACGACCGGCGGCGGGGGCGAGUCUACGCGACACGUGUACAAAUUGUAUUCGGUCAUAAUGCAUCAGGGCGCGACGAUGACCGCCGGUCACUACGUCGCUUACGCGCGUCUACCGGACGAGUCCGCGUACGCGGAGUACUACCAGUGCGAUCGCGACAACAAGCGGCCGAAUCCGGGCCAGGGCGGCAGCGCGAGCACAAACUCGUCGUCUUCCACGUCCGAUAAGUCGUCAUCGUCGAGUAUACUCAAAUACUUUAGGAGUAAGCCCAGCGUGAGCGAGAACAAGGAGCAGGUGGUGAAGGUCGGGUGUCGCAGCAUGGACUGUUGCGGCAUCAGGCGCAACAAGCAGGCCGUUACCUGGCUGGAGUGCGACGACGAGGCGGUGCACGUGAUCCCGUUGCGAGAGCUCGAGGACAAAUUGGCGCCCAAUCCGCGCAAUUCCGCCACCCCCUAUCUCCUGUUCUACGUGAGAUCAACGACGUAAGAGGUCGGCUUCCCGUCGAAAAUGUGUAUCAAAAGUGUCCCCCACUUCCUUCGAGAUUCCAAACGAAGCAAUAUAAAUAUAAAACGGGCCUCGUUCUCUUCUUCAUUCACCUUCUUUGCCCUGUCGCCGCAUUCUCUCGUAUCCUCUCUCUCUCUCUCUCUCGCACCUCUUCGACUCCUCAACGACUGUGGUGUGAUGUACCGCACAUUCCAAAACAAUCCCCGUUUCUUCCUCCUGUGUGUACGAAAGUGCCGCCGUUUUAGAGCAUGCGGGCGUGAGUAAUGAUAAUUUAAUAGGAAGUAAAAAACAUCGCUCCUUAUCGCGCGAGCAGCUUACGUUAUAUUAAUUAGAUUCCCGGCGAUUGCAUAGACGUACACUGCUGUCGGAAAGUCUCGGGAACACGGAUCUAGAUUUUCCUCGUACUGUGAGAGCGGCGAAACGAAGAAUCAUUCUUCCUCGGCCGAUAAUUCGCUCUCACAAUGUAUUCUUUAGGUGUAGUAAUUUAGAGAUCGAGUACUCUCUCUUUUAACUCUGAAUUUUUAGACACAAGGGAAGGUUAAAGAAACACUUGGGAGAUUAGAGUUUUAGGAAAUUUAAUCAUAUACCGACCAUGUCAGACUGCGUGUAAUUGGCCUAAGAACGAAUUGUGUAAAACUGAGGCUGAUUAAAUUUUUCAUUAAAAUUGAAAACAAAAUUUA